AUGAAAGACCUUAAUUAUUUUUGGGAAAUCUCAGGUUUAAAAAUUAACUACAGUAAAACCCAGGUUGUAUGGAUUGGCAGUAUGAAAUACAGUCAGAAUGAACUUUGUACUAGCUUAAACUUAUCAUGGGGUAAACAUAAUUUUUCGUACCUUGGAAUAGACUUUGAUGUAGAUUUAUCAAAGAUGAUACGAUUAAAUUAUGAUAAAAAAAUAUUGGAGAUUGAAUCUCUUUUAAAGCAAUGGAGCAAGAGAAACUUAACUCCAAUUGGGCGUAUUACAGUGGUUAAAACAUUGGCAUUACCAAAGCUAAUCCAUCUGUUUUCAUCAUUGCCAAAUCCAGACUCUAGAUUUAUUAAAAAACUUGAUAACUUGUUUUAUAGUUUUGUUUGGCAAAAACCAGUUGGUAAAGUUAAGAGAGAAACAUUAGUUAAAGAUUAUUUUGAAGGGGGUCUAAAAAUGAUUUGUUUGAAACCUUUCAUAAAAUCACAAAAAUGUACAUGGGUUAGAAGAUUGAUCAAUAAUAAAAAAUUACAGGACACUCUUGCUUUCUAUGGGAUUGAUUCUGACUUAUUAGAAAAUACAGGUGCCAAAAACAUAGAAAAAAGUAUGAAUGUAUGCACAAAUCCAUUUUGGAAAGAUGUUUUGAGUGCCUGGAAAGAAAUUGUUUCAUUAAAUAUUGAAUAUACAUGGGAAUAUUUUUUGAAUAUGCCUUUAUGGUUUAAUGAGAAAAUUGAAAUAGAAAAUGAUGUUGUUUUCUACAAAGACUGGUAUGACAAAGGUGUACACAUUGUAAAUGAUUUAUUAGAUGAAGCCGGAGAAUUUUUUUCUCUGACUGAAUUCCAGAAGGUGUAUCAAAUACGUACAGAUUUUCUGAAAUAUUAUGGCUUAAUAAAAUGUGUUAAACAGUAUUCACAACAGUUUGGUAAAAAUGCUACAUCGCCAAUUAAGAAUUGUUACCCAAGCAUUCCUAAUAAUAUCAAGAUUUUUUUUAAACAUAAAAAAGGUUCCAAAGAUAUGUACCUCAUAUUGAGAAAAAAUCUUACGGAACCAACAAAUAAAAUGAAAAUUAUGGAAAAGUUUGGUGUCACUAAUGAUGAAAUGAAACUCAUUUAUACACUUCCAUUUAAAACUACUACAAAUAGUAGAGCACAGUGGUUUCAAUACAGGAUAAACCACUUAGUUUUGACUACUAAUUAUUUUCUGGAAAAAAUAAAACUUGUACAAAGCCCUCUUUGUACUUUUUGUAAUAUACAACCAGAAACCAUUAUACACUUAUUGUGGGAAUGUGAAGAAGUACAAAUUUUGUUAGAAAAUUUUGAUACAUGGACUUCAUCUACAGCACACAUAACACUUAACUAUAAUUGUAAGACUUUUGUAUUUGGUAUUUUUGAUGUUAGAAACUGUAUUGUACAAAAUAAGAUAUUGCUCUGUAUUAAGUAUUAUAUUUAUUCAAGUCGAUGUUUGAAAAAAGUUCUAUCACUUCAGGCACUCAAGCAUAAGUUAAAUGAUCUGUAUUGUACUGAAAAAAAUGUAGCUAUUUCCAAACAAAACCAAGAACAGUUUGAGAAAGAAUGGAAUAGCUGGCACUUUCUGUGUUUAUACUGA